CGUUAGUAUCUCCGGACUUCCUCGCCUGCUGCAGGAAAGAGAAGACUAAAAAGACAAACCUGGGUGCAGCCAGAAAGGUCCAAAUAGAUGAGCUUGUGGCAUCCAUUCCCUAAAUUCAGGGGCUCCACCAUACCUCAGCUGGAUCUCUUUGUUCCUGAUGUGCAUUAGUUAAAAUUACCCAAACUUGGAUUUCAAAGGAAUAAUUUCAUUGUUCUAUCUGUCACACUAAGUAAUUGGGACCAGCUGGAUGUCAGGAUGCGAGUGGUUACCAUCAUAACCCUGCUUUUCUUUUGUAAAGCUGCUGAGCUCCGCAGGGCAGACCCUGGGGGUGUGAAAAACCAAAGGAAUCAUGGCCUGGUGGGUGGGGGCCGGAGAGGCUCCAUCCCAGUCAAACGCUCCACACCAGACCUCCCCUGCGAAGUGUACAUGUAUCUUCACGAGAAAUACUUAGAUUGUCAAGAAAGAAAACUACUUUAUGUGCUGCCUGGCUGGCCUCACGAUUUGGUGCACAUGUUGUUAGCAAGAAACAAGAUCCACGUAUUGAAGAACAAUAUGUUUUCCAAGUUCAGAAAGCUUAAAAGCUUGGAUCUGCAACAGAAUGAGAUCUCCAAAAUUGAGAAUGAGGCUUUCUUUGGUUUAAACAAACUUACCACUCUCUUACUGCAGCAUAACCGGAUCAAAGUCUUGACAGAAGAAGUGUUCAUUUAUAUGCCUCUCCUGAGCUACCUGCGCCUUUAUGACAACCCCUGGCACUGUACUUGUGACAUGGAAACACUUAUUUCAAUGUUGCAGGUUCCAAAGAAUCGAAAUUUGGGGAAUUACGCCAAGUGCAAAAGCCCACAAGAACUAAAAAAUAAGAAACUGCGGCAGAUAAAAUCUGAAGAGUUAUGUAAUGAAGAAGAAAAGGAACAAUUGGACCCCAAACCCCAAGUGUCAGGGAGACCCCCCGCCAGGAAGCCUGAGGCAGAUUCUUCUCUUUGCCACAUUUAUGUGUUUCCCAUACAAACACUGGACUGCAAAAGGAAAGAUUUGAAGAAAGUUCCUAACAACAUCCCUCCAGAUAUUGUUAAACUUGACUUGUCAUACAAUAAAAUCAACCAGCUUCGACCCAAGGAGUUUGAGGAUGUUCAUAAGCUAAAGAAAUUAAACCUUAGUAGCAAUGGCAUUGAAUUCAUCGAUCCUGCUGCUUUUUUAGGACUCACAAAUUUAGAAGAGUUAGAUUUAUCAAACAACAGUCUGCAAAAUUUUGACUACGGAGUAUUUGAAGACUUGUAUUUUUUGAAACUCCUGUGGCUCAGAGAUAACCCUUGGAGAUGUGACUACAACAUCCACUACCUCUACUACUGGUUAAAGCACCAUUACAAUGUCCACUAUAAUGGCCUGGAAUGCAAAACACCUGAAGAAUACAAAGGAUGGUCUGUAGGAAAAUAUGUUAGGAGUUACUAUGAAGAAUGCCCCAAAGAUAAAUUACCAACAUACCCCGAAACAUUUGACCAGGAUACAGAAGAUGAUGAAUGGGAAAAAAUACAUAGGGAUUACACAACAAAGAAGCAAAGUGUAAGAAUCACUCUAGUGGGAUAGUGGGAUAAUUUAGAAAUUCUUAUCGUUGCAACUCGUUAUAUAUUUGCUACACUGGUGUCAGAAAACUGUAUGUUUACAUUUUUAUUUACUGUGUUGCCUAUUUAUGUAGGGUUAUCCAACUAAAUGAAGGUUUCUUUAAUUAUUUUUAUUAUUAUAGUAAUUAAGGGAAUACUCUCAUCCUAUUUGCCUAUCUGCAGAACAGCCUUGGUGAUGAACCCAUAGUAGUAACCUACAGAAGUUGGGUCCUAAUGAUGGCAUUCAAAUUUCAUAAUGUCCUAUAUAACUGUUUUUACUGCUUUUGAAAGUUAUUUUUAAAAUGUUCAUUUUUAUAUGCCUUUUGAUAGCUGCAUGGAUAUACCUAAACAUGAUCAAAAUAAGAAGAUACAAAUGUUUAGUAAUAAUAAAAUGUCAUUCUCUCCCCUCAGUCCCUAUCCCCACUUUUGUC